CAGCAGUGAGUUUUUAAACUUAAACGAUAAAUAUUACUGCACAUUAUCAGCAUACUGAUGCGAUUUCAGAUAUUGCAAAUGGUCAGCAAGAUCCGCGGUGUAGAUAGAAAACAAUAAGGGGCUCAAUAUACUACCCUGCGGACCACCCUGUGUAAUAAUAGAAAAUGGUGAAAAUGAGUCGGAUAAGGAUACUCUCUGACUUUGUUCACUGAAAUAGCUUUGAAUGAGACAAAUGGCCGACUUGCUAAGACCGAAGUAAUGGAGUUUAGCGCAAAGAACCUCGUGAUCCAGGGCGUCGAAGGCAGUGCUGUAGUCUAGAAGUAUAAGGCAGAUUUCCUUUCCUUCGUCGCUACUCUAAAAAAUAUCAUCGCUUACCUUUCAAAAUCCACGCUGUGUUGAAGGGAUAACUUCGAACCGCAAGAAAUACUCAUUAAGCUGCCCAUCCAUCAUCUUUCCCAUAAUUUUUGAAAGCACUUGUCGGCCGAAAACUUGACAGUUCACUUGCAGUAGUGACCAAAAUAGUUAUGUGCCUUAGCACAUUAUUAAGUGUUAUGUAAUUUAUCAUUUAUCUUUAUCUGUCUUAUGGCUCUACCGACCCUCAUCUAGUCUGACAAAAGACAAACUCCCUUAGGUAACCAUGAAAUCUUGAGGUGGCAUACUUGUGCAAGUAUAUAUUAUUACUUUUAUCAAUGUCAACAGCCGCCCUACUUUCAAUUGACGAAGAUUUUCUUAGAAAUCCCAAAUGAGAACGCAUGCGUCAACCCGAACACUCAAAAUUUUCCCGCGCCAACCCGAACACCUCCGAACAUUCACGAAACUUCGAAAAAUUCCCGCCAAAAGUGUCUUAGAACCGGCACUACUGCAAUCAGUGUUUUUUUUAUACUAUGAUAAGUUUGAGCUUUUUCCCCGUGUAUCAAGAACAUUUUUUUAUGUAGAAACAAUUAACUAGACAAAAAAUAUGUGAUAAGGUAAUUUCCUGAUGCGACGCCAAUGCAGGCCCGCCUGUUGAUUUCGCAAAAAUAAGGGUGCAGCGGAUGGCCAUGCUCUUCCCAAUUAAUUACCCCUAAUUGCUGACAGAUACAUAUCAGUCGCGUUUCAACGACUCCCACCGGUAGUCCUUGCAGGUUAUUUGACCUGGUAAUACGUUACAAAACCUGUGAUUAGUAUUCGGCAUUGCUUGCUCCGGUGAAUAUGACGGCGGAAUGUAAAUGCGGUACUCUGGCGCCAGCGAAGCAGACGCCCCCUACCUUUUGGAAACAAAUCCGGAACUACUUCAGGCAGUACUGCAACUGUACCAGCAUCCACGGCUUCCGAUACUUCGGCGAGAAGCGCACCUACUUCGAAAGGACUUGGUGGUUCGUCGUCUUCAGCUUGGCGUUCGCGGUUUGCGUGUACCUCAUCAGAGCGAUUUACAUAAAAUGGGAACGCACCCCAGUCAUUGUCAGCUUCGCAACUAGCGAAACUCCGAUCUACACGAUACCGUUUCCGGCGGUGACGAUAUGUCCGGAAUCGAAAACCGCUCAGUCCGUCUACAACCAUUCCUACAUCCUCAACAAGUUGACGUUUGGCAACGGGACUCUGACAGAAAAAGAGAACCAAAACGCCUUGUACAUGAACUUGUUAUGCGACAUGGACCUCGCCGAUCACCUCAACGUUACCGAAGACUAUUUCACCGACGAAAUACUCGAUUUCCUAUCCACGAGCACCCAACACAGGAGGAACGAAACCUUGUUCGGGUGCAUUUGGAUGGGAAGAGAGGUGGACUGCCGCGAAAUAUUCAUCCCCAUCCUUACCGAUGAAGGAGUAUGUUACUCCUUUAAUAUGUUGGAUCGCGAGCACAUCUUCCGCGACAACGUGCUACACUUUCAGGACUUUAUGAAAACGCGAUUUGAAGGCAACCUCUCGUGGACCCUAGACGACGGCUACCCCGAAGACGCCGGCUUGGAGAGCUACCCCAGACGAGCAUUGUUCGCAGGGGCCAAAAACUCGCUGACGAUUGUGUUGAUCACUUGGAAAGACGAUAUCGAUUACACUUGCAAGGAAUCACUGCAGGGAUAUAGGGUGAUCUUGCACACUCCGAUGCGAAUCCCGAGACCAAGUCAGGAGUACUUCAGGGUACCCUUGAACGAAGUAGUCCUGGGUUCGAUUCAACCGAACAUGAUCACCACUUCGGAGAGCGUGAAGGUGUUCAAUCCGCGCCGUAGAGAGUGUUACUUUCCUUCGGAAAGGCACCUGCGCUACUUCAAGAUAUACACGCAGCUGAAUUGUCAUCUGGAAUGCCUGACGAAUUUCACUCUAUCCCGUUGCGGAUGCGUCAACUUCUACAUGCCGAGGGAGAACGGAACUUCGCUGUGUGGUGCUGAAAAAAGGGACUGCAUGGAGGAAGCCGAACAAAUUCUGCAAACGAGGAACCUGCUCAGGAGGCUUCAGGAAGCCCAUAAACCGAGGAGCGCGCUGUUCAAAAGAAAAGCCAAGGGAAACGGAAAAACUCGGCCCAGGAAGAAUAAGGUCGACUUCUCCUGCGACUGUAUGCCGAUCUGUACGGACUUGACGUACAAUGUGGAGACUUCGCAGUCCAACUGGGACUGGUUCAAAAUGUACAGCGUGCUUAAUAAUGGCACCCCGAUUUUUGGGGAGGAAGAGGUGUAUAUGUCAAAACUGACGCUGUAUUUUAAGACGUCGCAGUUUGUAACGUCCAAGAGGCACGAACUCUACGGACCUACGGAUUUUCUAGCGAAUUUUGGCGGCCUUUUGGGCCUCUUUACCGGAUUCUCAGUGCUGUCAUUGAUGGAGAUAUUUUAUUUUCUCACAGUGAGAUUGUGCUGCAACGUGAGGCUUUACGGGAUAUGGUCCGGUCCAGAUGAAUUGCUGCAUAUAGAGACCGCACCCUCUGCAUAUGAUACUCGUGUUUCAGAAGCAGCGGAUAACAAAAGACGCCCGAAGUCGGCCAUGACAGGUGAUUUCCGGACCAGACGCUGGCAAUUGGUUUGGGCGAAUUUGCUCUGUUUCAGAGGCGAAGGAACCGCGGAAAUAUUGCGGGCACCUGCGCGACUACUUCCGAGGGUAUUGCGACCGGACGAGCAUCCACGGCUUCAAGUAUUUCGGAGAAAGAAGGACCUAUUUCGAAAAUGGGAAAUGAGUCCGGUAAUAGUCAGCUUCGCCACCACAGAGACGCAGAUCUACACGAUACCGUUCCCAGCGGUUACGAUAUGCUCAGAGUCCAAGUCCAUAGCAGAGCUCUACAAUCACUCUGCAAUCAUCAAUAAGGUCUUGGUUAGGAACGAAACUUUGAACGAAACUGAGAUGCGUCACUUCCUGCACAUGUCUCUCGUGUGCGACGCCUACGUCGACGCCAUCCUCAGCAGGCUGAACAUCACCAACGAGGCGAAUGUCUCAGAGGACUUUUUCAGGUUUCUAGACAAGAACGAAAUGAGUUUCUUCGUCGACUGCGAAUGGAUGGGUUACCCGAGACCAUGCGAAGAACUCUUCACGCCCAUAUUCACCGACGAAGGGCUGUGUUACGCGUUCAACAUGCUCGAUCGCGACGAGAUUUUCAAGAAGAACGUGGUUCACUAUAAAAAUUUUAUGGUCAACGCCAAAAGACCCAACGAAACCGGUUGGGUUCUAGACGAAGGUUAUUUCAGCAAAGACAUCCACGCAUAUCCCAGAAGGGCACUUUAUUCUGGUACUAAUUAUGGGCUGGCCAUUAACCUCGCCCAUCCGAAAGAUCUCGUAGGUCAUUCCUGCAAGCAUUAUCAGGAAGGAUACAAGAUUUCCCUUCACAUCCCGACCAGGGCACCCAGAGUUAGUGAAUCUCACUUCAUGGUACCUCUUAACCGGAAGGUACUGGUCGCAGUGGUACCCAAUAUGAUUACCACGACAGACACGGUCAAGCAGUAUCCCCCCGAGCGUCGCGAAUGUUACUUCCCCUCCGAAAGAAACUUGAAGUACUUCAAGAUUUACACCCAGCUGAACUGCCAGCUCGAAUGUUUGACAAACAUCACGCUGGGCACUUGCAAAUGCGUCAGCUUUUACAUGCCGAGAGAGAACGGCACCCAAAUAUGCGGCGUGAAUAGGAAACGCUGUAUGAGAGCCGUGGAGAAUAUCCUCCAAGUGAUCAGCUUGCACAAGAAGAUCAACGAGAAGACAAAAAAGUAUAAUCGGACAGAGAGCUACUUCAAUUGUAACUGCAUCCCUACGUGUACUGAUCUGACCUACAACAUGGAAGUCUCUCAGUCAGGCUGGGACUGGAAGAGUCUUUAUCAACCAAGCCGACCAUUUGCGGCGGACGAGAAUUUCAUGUCGCGACUCUUGAUUUACUUCAAGUCUCCGCAGUUUGUGACGUCAGAGAGGCACGAGCUCUAUGGCCCGGCGGAUUUUAUCGCGAAUUUUGGAGGACUGUUGGGCCUCUUCACGGGUUUCUCCAUGCUGUCGCUGAUGGAGAUACUGUACUUCUUGACGGUGAGGUUGUGCUGCAACGUCCGGCUGUACGGUAGAUGGUCGGGACCAGAGGGCCAAGUUUAAAUCUAGUAUUUCGGUCGC